GCUGCCGAGAGAGCGAGCUAGUGAGCGAGAGCUGGAACCCUGCGCCCCCGGCUCCUCUCCGUUUCUCUCCGCGCCGGAGUCGGGCGCGCCAGGUAGGGUAAGCCCGUGGUGCCGCGGCCGCCGCCGACCUUAUAGAUCCUGACCCCAUGUCCCAGCGUCCCGCGGGCCCUCGAGUUCUGGGGCGCUCGGGCCGGGGGGUCCAGCCAGAGCUCGCCAGGAGCUCUGGGAAGCGGGAAGACAACCCCAGGCGUCCCGCCUUUCUUCCCCAGAGAACGCACGCCCUGCAUCACGCUCCUUCGUUCCUCCUCUCCUUACAUCCUUUGGUCUGUCUUUCUGUCUGUGCCUCUAUCUUUGUGUCAGCCUACCGGUCUCAAUCACUCCUUGCCCAGGCCCCCUGGCUGCCCGCCUCUGGGAUUCUAUCUCCCUUCAGGGUAUUGUCCCUGUCUGAAUUUGGGUCCUGGCCGCCCCUGUGGGAGGCUUGUGGUUUUGACCCGUUUGGACCUCAGCCCCCAUCUGGGUCCCUUCCUCAUCUGUGUUGGUCUUCAUGCUUGCCUCUCUCUCCUGGUUGCCUGGUUGAACUGUUGCUUUCCCGGUACCCACAGGAUCCCAGUCUCCUUGCCCUGGCACCAGUGGGAGAUUAACCCUGGGGAGCUGAGGGGCAAAGUGAAGAACCCCAGUCUCUGUGCCAGGACAUGGGGUCCUUGAACUAGUGGCUAACCUUAUUCAGCCUCAGUUUCCUUCUCCUAGCCUUCCCAAGCCUGCGUGAUUGUGAGAGCCUGUGUGGGGUGGGCAUCUGGGAGGGUAGCUGGGGCACAAAUGAAGUGCAGAGUGGAAGAGGGAAGGAGGGGUCCCUGAGGGCCAGGGCCAGGGCCAGGGUGGACAGGAUAGGGAAAGGAUGAGGAUAAGGAGAUUAGAGAUGGUUCUGAUGCUUGGUUCUGAGCUGAAGAAAACACAGGAGCAUAAAGUCUCAAACGGCAUUCUAUGCAGAGCUGAGGUGCCCAAAAGUCUCACCUUGAGCAAUUUUGAGAUUUUGACUAGAUGAACUGACCCUGUCCCUGGACACACACAUAUGCUCACAUUGACUUUUCCUGUUGACUUAAGACCUGUGGCCACUUCAGUUUCCCUCCCUGGGGCCAACCUCUCCACCUUGCUGUCAAACUCCCAGGGUCUAGAGUCUCUAUUACAUCCUCAGUCAGGGGCUCUGGGAAUGGCUUUUUAAGAACUAGAGGCUAGGACACUUGGGUGCUCACCCUGGGUUCCAGGCUCUCUAGGAGUUGGAGACUACCUUUCGGAGAUUUUUCCUUCCCUCUUCUGUGGUGGUUUCUCAGGCACAAUGGCUCAUUUCUGGGAAUGCAAGAUUCAAGAUAGAGAUUGGACCCCUAAGUUUAUACUCUAACCUGGCUCCUGCUGCAAAGGUGUUGAUUUUGGGGUCCUGGGAGAUUUGUGCAAGGUCUUGGACACUCUUUGAUUCACAGCAGGAUUGGUGUUAGCUGAGUUCUCCUAACUUAUGUCUGGGCCUCUACUGUCUGCCUCCCUCCCUCUCUGCUGAGUAUGGAAUGGGCACAGAGGCCAUCUAAAGACCCAGAUGAGGGCAAGGCUGAGAAACAGGUCAAUGGGUGUCUCAGGAGCUUCUCAGCUUAGUCAGUGACACCACCUCUCCCUGGCUCCCUAGGAAAGUCCCUAGGUGAGGGAAUUGGGGACGGCAGAGUCAGAAGGGGUAGCCACUCUCGGGUUCCACCUCUCCCUGUUUGUCUGUCUGUCUCUUUCUCUGCAGGAGCUGGGCCCCUUCUUAUCUCUCUUCCUGCCUGUCCUUUCCUGGUCCCUGUUUUCUCCUUUCUUUGCCUUUGCUGCUUCUACCCUCAUCCCCUGGAGGCCCAGGUCUGCUGGACCCAUCCAUCCCCUUUGGGACAAUGGGAUCACUGCUUGGGCUCCUGGCACUGCUUCUGCUAUGGGGCACUGUGGCUGAGGGCCCCGCCAAGAAGGUGCUGACCCUGGAGGGGGACCUGGUCCUGGGUGGGCUGUUCCCGGUACAUCAGAAGGGCGGCCCGGCAGAGGAGUGUGGGCCUGUCAAUGAGCAUCGUGGCAUCCAGCGCCUGGAGGCCAUGCUUUUUGCACUGGACCGCAUCAACCGUGACCCACGCCUGCUGCCGGGUGUGCGCCUGGGCGCGCACAUACUCGACAGCUGCUCCAAGGACACACAUGCCCUGGAGCAGGCACUCGACUUCGUGCGUGCCUCACUUAGCCGUGGUGCCGAUGGCUCACGCCACAUCUGCCCCGACGGCUCUUAUGCCACCCACGGUGAUGCUCCCACUGCCAUCACUGGUGUCAUUGGCGGCUCCUACAGCGACGUCUCCAUUCAGGUGGCCAACCUCCUGCGGCUAUUUCAGAUUCCACAGAUCAGCUAUGCCUCCACCAGUGCCAAGCUGAGCGACAAGUCCCGCUAUGACUACUUUGCCCGCACUGUGCCCCCCGACUUCUUCCAAGCCAAGGCCAUGGCCGAGAUUCUCCGCUUCUUCAACUGGACAUAUGUGUCCACGGUGGCGUCCGAGGGUGACUAUGGUGAGACAGGCAUCGAAGCCUUUGAGCUGGAGGCCCGUGCCCGCAACAUCUGCGUGGCCACCUCGGAGAAGGUGGGCCGUGCCAUGAGCCGUGCAGCUUUCGAAGGCGUGGUGCGAGCCCUACUGCAGAAGCCCAGUGCCCGUGUGGCUGUCCUGUUCACCCGCUCCGAGGACGCACGCGAGCUCCUCGCAGCCACCCGGCGUCUCAACGCCAGCUUCACCUGGGUGGCCAGUGAUGGCUGGGGCGCCCUGGAGAGCGUGGUGGCCGGCAGCGAGGGGGCCGCUGAGGGCGCCAUCACUAUCGAGCUGGCCUCCUAUCCCAUCAGCGACUUUGCCUCCUACUUCCGGAGCCUGGACCCUUGGAACAACAGCCGGAACCCCUGGUUCCGUGAGUUCUGGGAGCAGAGGUUUGGCUGUAGCUUCCGGCGGCGAGAUUGUGCAGCCCACUCGCUGCGCUCCGUGCCCUUUGAGCAAGAGUCCAAGAUCAUGUUUGUGGUCAACGCAGUGUAUGCCAUGGCCCAUGCACUGCACAACAUGCACCGAGCCCUCUGCCCCAACACCACACACCUCUGUGAUGCAAUGCGGCCUGUCAACGGGCGCCGCCUCUACAAGGACUUCGUGCUCAAUGUCAAGUUUGAUGCCCCCUUCCGCCCAGCUGACACACACAAUGAAGUCCGCUUCGACCGCUUUGGUGAUGGUAUCGGUCGCUACAACAUCUUCACCUACCUGCGGGCAGGCAGUGGGCGCUAUCGCUACCAGAAGGUGGGCUACUGGGCAGAAGGCCUGACCCUGGACACCAGCCUCAUCCCAUGGGCCUCGCCCUUGGCUGGCCCCCUGCCCACGUCUCGCUGCAGUGAGCCCUGUCUCCAGAAUGAGGUGAAGAGUGUGCAGCCAGGGGAGGUCUGCUGCUGGCUCUGCAUCCCCUGCCAGCCUUACGAGUACCGGCUGGACGAGUUCACUUGUGCUGACUGUGGCCUGGGCUACUGGCCCAACGCCAGCCUGACUGGCUGCUUUGAGCUGCCCCAGGAGUACAUCCGCUGGGGCGAUGCUUGGGCCGUGGGACCAGUCACCAUUGCCUGCCUAGGCGCCCUGGCCACCCUCUUCGUGCUGGGUGUCUUUGUGCGGCACAAUGCCACCCCAGUGGUUAAGGCCUCAGGCCGAGAGCUCUGCUACAUCCUGCUGGGCGGUGUCUUCCUCUGCUACUGCAUGACCUUCAUCUUCAUUGCCAAGCCAUCCACGGUGGUGUGCACCCUACGGCGCCUUGGUUUGGGCACCGCCUUCUCUGUCUGCUACUCAGCUCUGCUCACCAAGACCAACCGCAUCGCGCGCAUUUUCGGUGGGGCCCGGGAGGGAGCCCAGCGGCCACGCUUCAUCAGUCCUGCCUCACAGGUGGCCAUCUGCCUGGCGCUUAUCUCGGGCCAGCUGCUCAUUGUGGCUGCCUGGCUGGUGGUGGAGGCACCGGGCACCGGCAAGGAGACAGCCCCGGAGCGGCGGGAGGUGGUGACAUUGCGCUGCAACCAUCGAGAUGCAAGCAUGCUGGGCUCACUGGCCUACAACGUGCUCCUCAUCGCGCUCUGCACGCUCUAUGCCUUCAAGACCCGCAAGUGCCCCGAGAACUUCAAUGAGGCCAAAUUCAUAGGCUUUACCAUGUACACCACCUGCAUCAUCUGGCUGGCCUUCCUGCCCAUCUUCUAUGUCACCUCCAGUGACUACCGGGUGCAGACCACCACCAUGUGCGUGUCGGUCAGCCUCAGCGGCUCUGUGGUGCUCGGCUGUCUCUUUGCGCCCAAGCUGCACAUCAUCCUUUUCCAGCCACAGAAGAACGUGGUUAGCCAUCGUGCACCCACCAGCCGCUUCAGCAGCGCCGCCACCAGGGCCAGCUCCAGCCUCGGCCAAGGGUCUGGCUCCCAGUUUGUCCCCACCGUUUGCAACGGCCGUGAGGUGGUAGAUUCAACAACAUCGUCGCUUUGAAGACCCCACAUUCCUGCCCCCACACAGCUGCUCCCUGGAAUCCGGUGCACCCCCACAUCCAGGGCCAGGAGGAAGUCAGCUGGAGCAUUGCAAUAACCCCAACUCCAUGCCCGCCCCCGCAGCCACUUACCUACCUACUUAUUCCAACCCUUCAGAGUCAGAAGUCAGGGUCCUUGGCCUGGGAGCCUCUGCAGCAGCCACCAACUGUCCUCGCAGCGUGUCCCCUCCUUGCUAGGCCCAGGCAGGACUCAGAAGGGAGCAAGCCAGGGUCUACUCUGCCCUGGAACAGGAUGGCCGAGGACCACCGGCCCCAAUCCCCAAUCAGCAAAGGUGCUUCCAGCCCCACCCUUCCCUCCUUCUAGGGCCUUUUUAAUUUUUUACAUAAGUUAUUCUGGGAUGGGGAGGGGGGUUAUUGUGGGGGCCAUCCCUCCCCGUGCAUAGUAGUUUGUCCUGUGGUUUAUUUUGUAUUACCUGUAAAUAA